AUGUCCACCACCGCUGAGACUAAGCAACGCACGGUUGCCACUCGCUUCGAGACGAAAGACUUAGUUACGUUCGACAAGAAUGCAGUUUAUGGCGACUGGCGCGACGAGUUCCACAAGAAUGGCUGUGUUUUGAUCAAGAAUGUUAUCUCCCCUGAACGUGCCCAGUACUACUGCGACAAACAGAUCCAAUGGCUGAAGAACUUCGAACUUGGCUUCGAUGAAAAGGAUCCUAGCACUUGGACGGCUGAGCACCUUCCUGUCAGCUUCAAAGGUGGCAUGUACUUUGCUUAUGGCUCUACCCAUGAAAGGAUGGCCUGGGAGGCCCGGACUGAGCCUAAGGUCGUCGAGACAUUUGAGAGACUCUGGGGUACCAAGGAGCUAAUCUCCUCUUUCGAUGGCAUGAACAUCUCCUUGCCCAACCGGACAGAUCUGAACUGGAGCCCUUGGCCUCACUGCGACCAGAACCCGGAGCGCAAGGGUAUGCAAGCGGUCCAAGGACUCCUCAACUAUGCGCCCAACGGCCCCAAGGACGGUGGUCUAAUGCUCAUGAAGGGGUCUUCUAAUCUAUUCAAUGAAUUCUUCGAGCAUAAGCGUGAGUCCGCAGACCACGAAGACGCUCCGCCCCCGGAGAUUCAGUACAUGGACCUGUUCCUUUUCAGCGAGAAAGACAUCAAGUGGUUCGAAGAGCGAGGCUGUGAGCUAGUCAAGAUUAACAUGGAGCCUGGCGAUUUUGUCCUUUGGGAUUCUCGAACUAUGCACUAUGCUUGUCUGCCCGAGGGCAAUCAGAUUCGCCAUGUGCAGUAUAUCUGCAUGACGCCAAGGAAGUUUGCCGAUGAAGAGGCCUUGAAAGCAAAGGCACAAUGCUUUGAGACUUUUACUGGCACCACUCACUGGCCGCAUUGCAAUAUUCGUCCAGCCGAGGAAAAGCCUAUGCGCAAUGGUGAGGUUUGCCCCAAGUACAGAACGGAGCCAUUUGAGAAACCAAUUGUUACCGACCAGGUACUUCAGCUUGCAGGUGUUAAGCCUUACUGA